UUCAAAGAAAUGGAACGUAGAAAUGAAGCGUUAUCUGAAGCAAACGGAUUUAAUAGCAAUAGGUGUGUUAAUUAUACUCCCAAUCCAACUGAACAGGCACUCAAUUUACUAAGGAACUUGGCCCAUGAGUAUUGGCAAUGGUUUCUCCAGAAACUUUCCCAACUCAAAUGGAACAUAAGACUGACUCUAGCCGACGAUCCUCAGCUGCUGGAGAGGAUUAGCCAAGCACGGGGCUGGAAGACCGCACCCAUCCGGUUUAUUGAGUUCCAUCCGACCAGCUCAUUGAUGGCACUCUUGACCAACCAGGAUGAGGUUUUGAUCUACGACAAGAGGUGUGGCGAGUGGCCCACCAAACUGCAAUCCGCUAAGCAGAGGGACACCACCUGCGCUGCCUUUCGUCCUUGGUCCCACAGUUGUGAGUUGGCCGUGGGAUGUGCAGGCGGGAUUUGUUUGUGGCAGGAUACGCGGCGUCUCAAUGUCAAGCCAAAUAUUCGACAUAUGACAGGCACUCACCACGUGCAAGUGCUGCAGGAUGAGGGGCACACCCAUGUGACUUCGAUGCAGUGGAAUGAAGAUGGCACUAUCCUGAUUACAGCCGCAUUGGGCACAUCGCACAUCGUACUCUGGGAGCCGGACAGCCAGCAGAAGAUUCGUUUGAUACCGAAUCCGCAGAGCUCCAGCUCCUUUUCCCUACUCCGCUAUAGUCCCGAUUUUCAGGUGCUCUUCUGCGCCUCCUGCGAGGCCGGCGCCAGUCUUUGUCAGCUGAAUAGAUCGGAAUGGAGGUCGAAGCAGGUCCUCACGCAGCAUCGCAUUCAAACGGCCGUCUGGACAACGUGUGGCUCCUUCCUGCUCCUUGUGAGGCAGGGCAGCACUCGGGUCUACUCGUGUACCAACAAUGGGGAGGCCACGGUCUUCCUCUGCCCCAAGCCCCUGUGGAGGGUGGCGUUGGUAAUGGAUCUGCAGGAGGUGACCACCUGUGCCGGCCAGCAGCGGCACUGCGGUGAGCCCCAGACCUUUGCCAUGGAUACACUGGGCAUCUACAUGGCCGCCAUCUUCAAGGAGCAGUCCUUCGUGCUGCUCUGGCUCUUGGAUAACUCGCGAACGGGUUCGGUGCAACUGCUACCCCUGGAAUUCAUCUGUUGCAACGUGGAUGGUGACCAAUAUCCCACUUCCAUCGCCUUUGGAGUUUCCAACUCGCAAGCCAGGAUGUUGGUCAUCUGCUGGAGUACCGGGCACAUUCAGCGCCAUGUCAUCACUGCCAAGAGCUUCCAGGAAGCCCAAUUAAUUCAUAACAUAAACAAUUUGCAGGGCGAGCUAUUAAAUUCCCGUGCUCCCACAUGAAUAUUCAGCGGAAGCGCUUAUGCAAAUGGAAAUGGAACUCAAGUCGGCGACCAACCAGUUCCGGAUACCACCACGAUACCACCACUUGCAUCCCAAAAAAAAACCCGGGAAUGUCCUUUAUGCUGCUGGUAUUUUCAUUCACCUGACAGCCGUGAAGGAAGCUUAAUGGCAAUAAAUCGUUGCCUCGAUUUCUGAUUGCAGACUGGAAAAAUUGGUUUUACACAGACUUUACUCUUUUGUAAUUGACGUUCUUUAUUCCGAAGGUUACGCAAUUGAAAAUAAUGCCAUCUUGCUAUCUGGCUGCCAAUACAACCGAAUGUUUUGCCAAAAAUUCCAUUUGACAUACGACUUUUUGCCGCAAUCGUAAGAUUAAUACGUAUUUAUUUGCUUUAUUGGGUUAUUUGAUUUUC